UUCGAUUAGAAUGGACUUCACUAACAAGGUCGUCUUAAUAACGGGCGCGAGCUCAGGCAUCGGCGCGGCGUCUGCCGUCCUCUUCGCUAGGGCUUCCGCUAAACUGGCCAUCGUCGGACGUAACAUGGAUAAUCUUAGAAAAGUCGCCGAAAAUUGCGAAACGGAAAGUGGACACGCACCUUUAUUGAUAUCAGCCGAUAUAACUGCUGAAGAUGACGUAGAGAAAAUAGUGAAAGAAACAAUUGACUGUUACGAGAAAAUUGAUGUACUCGUUAAUAAUGUUGGUAUUUCUUUAAUUGCCGGAAUAAGAGAUGGUGUGCAGCCUCUGGAUAAAAUAAUGGACACCAAUAUUCGUGGAGCCUACAUGCUUACAUACCGAGUUAUUCCAUACUUAGAAGCUACCAAGGGCAAUAUUGUGAACGUAUCUAGCGUCCUAUCAACUACAGCUUUGUCAUUCAUGACGCCGUAUUGUAUGUCCAAAGCCGCUAUGGACAUGUUCACUAAAUGCCUCGCUAUGGAGCUCGCGGAGAAGGGUGUGAGAGUGAACUCCGUCAACCCUGGUCCGGUAAGAACUAACUUCUUCACGAGAGCCGGCUUGAGCAGUGAAUAUAGUGACGCCAUCUUGAAGAACUACGCAGAGAAGUUACCUCUUAAAAUGGUAUGUGAAAGUGAAGACGUAGCGGAAUUGAUAAUAUACCUCGCAAGUGACAAAGCUAGGUGUAUUACAGGCAGUUGCAUGCUGAUCGAUUGUGGAGGCAAACUCGGCCAAGUUGAGAAAAUUAUGUGAAAAUAAAAUGUAUUAAUAUUAAAUUGCUUGAAGCACA